AUGACGACAAUGACAACAGCUGCCGCCAAGGCAGCGGAGCCAACACGCACUACUGCAAUUGCGUCGCUGCAUUUGCUGGCUGAACUUGAAGGUCACUCUUCUCGAGCAUGGCACCUUGCAUGGAACCCCCGUAUGCCCAUUCUGGCAUCAUGCUCUGGCGACAAGGACGUUCGACUGCAUGCCUACUCGUUCGUAUCGACCACAUCUGCACAGGGUGCAUCUACGUGCAAGCAUCCAUCGUUCAACCUGCGUGAAGUGAUCCCGACCGGCCACCAACGUACGGUGCGACAGGUGGCUUGGUCGCCGGACGGCAAGAUCCUCGCUACUGCAUCGUUUGACUCGACCGUAGGCAUCUGGGAGAGGAUACAAGACAUCGACGGCUCAUCGGAGCUCCAAGGCAAUACUGACGCUUCUGGUCCCGUGGUACUCAGCAACGGUGGCGCGCAUGUGGACGAGCCCGAGUGGGAUUGCGUUGGAACGCUCGAGGGCCACGAGUCAGAGUGCAAAUCGGUGGCCUUCUCGUAUACGGGCGGCGUGCUGGCGUCAUGCAGCCGAGACAAGUCGGUGUGGAUUUGGGAGGUGCAGCCAGAUGCCGAGUUUGAAUGCCUGUCGGUGCUGAUGGAGCAUUCGCAAGACGUCAAAGUGGUAGCAUGGCAUCCGAACGACGAAGUGCUCGCAUCUGCAUCGUACGACGACGCGAUCAAACUCUACAUUGACGAUCCGUCCGACGACUGGUUCUGCUACACAACGCUCACCGGUCACGAGUCGACCGUGUGGAGCAUUUCGUUUUCGCCGUGCGGCAACUACCUCGCGUCUGCGUCGGACGAUCUGACGGUGCGCAUCUGGCGUCGGCUGGAUGCAGAUCAAUGCGAAGCGCAUGGGCUUCGACCCGAGGGCAAAAUGGCGGGGCGAAGAGGCGAAAAGUGGAUCGCAGUCAACAUACUCAACGGCUAUCACGACCGCACAGUGUACAGCGUCUCUUGGGGAGUCGACAAAACGUCGACGCGCCCCGGCAACCUCGGGCGUAUCGCGAGUGGAGGAGGCGAUGGCCGCAUCUGCGUCUACGAGGUGACGGCGUCGGACGAUGAAAAGUCGUUGCAGCCCAAAGUGGAGCUUAUCGCCAAAAUGGAGCGAGCGCACGCAAGUGCCGAUGUCAACUGCGUCUCGUGGGCGCCAGAGAGUCUGAACGCGAGAGGUGGUACAACAGCAAAGAUCGAGCAGCUGACGGACGAGGGUGAGACACUGAACAAAGGUGGUCAGCAUGCGUCGCACGAGCUCAUGUCGGACAUGCUGGCUAGUGCAGGCGACGAUGGCAGCGUCAAGGUAUGGACGCUUGCCAGCUCUGCGUACGCAGCUACAAGCAAGUGA